AUGGCGUCCAAAGUGGUCGCCAAGGGCGAGGUCAAGAAGAAGUUGUCAUUGAUUGACUAUCAGAAUAAGAAGAAGUCGGCCUCACCCAGCGAGAGAGAGUUGGCGGUCAGGCAAGAUGGUCGAACGAAUGGGUCGCUUCAUGCACCACCAGCCUUGCCAAAGGAUGAUAGCAUGAAGGCAGAUGCAAAGACAAGCGACAAGUCGCAUGCGCAGCGCCCGCCAGAUCCACGGCCGGAGACCACACGACCUGAAGAGAAACCACGGCCAGAGUUGAACGGACAGAGGAGUAAGACUUCCCAAGAGAAAUCGCAGCCCGAGACCGAAAACUGGAAGCGCGGUGUAGACACCGACGCGAAUCAGCCACCACAGAAGAGGAGUAAAGAUGGGCCGGCGGUUUCGAAAUCUGAUCAGGCGCGCCUGCGCGUGCCGGAGUCACCUCGAAGUCGGGAAGGCACAAAUGGGAAACCGCCCAAGGAUAUAAGGAGCGAGACAUUGCAUCCGACCACCAACGGACUGGCGCCGUCGUCGCUGGAGAGAAAUCGAGAGAAUUCUUCCUCCCCUAGAUCGACAAUCCAGGUGAACGGGUCCCGGAUCCGGUCAGACAGCGGAACUUCUACACCCCGGAAACCAGAUAUGUCAAAGUCGUCCCUGCCAGAGUUAUUAUCGCCGCUCCACCCCUCGUUGUUCGAGGACGAGGCGGGGAAACAGAGUAAACCCAAGAAGAAGGCAGUCGAAAAGGCGCCAAAGUCGCAAAAAGCAGAGCCUCCUCCCCCGACCAAGAAGCUGAAGAAGGUCAAGUUACCACCUUUGCUCUCACCCACCCUUCCCCCAAUUGUCGAGGAAGCGCUUGCAAGCAGGGAUCGAAAGCCGGUACCCUCCAAGACUGUCUCCAGCCAGCCUUCAGAUUCACAAGGCGGUGCAAGGAAGACGAUAGUGGCUGCCCCAUCGGUCCUGUUGGAGGAGGAGCAGAAGCCCACUAAGCCGUCCCUGGUUGUCACUCUGAAACUGAAGAAAGCAACUGCAAAGAGGGCAAAGGAGCUCUUGAGCCUUCCCUCAAAAUCCGAAAAGGACACACAGAAGAAAGAGCGCUCCACGAGCUCAGAAGCUACGCCCCCACCGGUGGUCGCUAAAAAGCGCCCGCGCCCAGCUGAUGAUCUCGUCCCAGAAUCUACGGCAUCUAAGCGACCUAAGACGACAGCAACAGAUGUAAUAGCAGCAAAGCCUGCCGGUCCGUCCACUCCUCUUAAACCAGGCGCGACGGCAAUGUCACGCGUGACAUCAAACCAAUCCCAAGCGGGCCAAGGCAACACGCCCGGGACUACCACCGGCCUCACUCCAAGCACCUCAGAGCGCCCCCCCACCCGCUCUGAGCCCAUGGACCCAAAGACGCUCGCCCAAGCGGAAUCGUACAAAGAACGCCACGGGGAGUACCAGCGCCUUGGCAGCAAGCUCAAGCACGCGCGGGACGACCUUUUCCGAGGCCAACGGGGUUCGUCGUCGGCGCUGCCCCCGGCCGAUGAGCGCCGCGCCAUGGCGUUACACUUUGAGAUGGUACUCGCGUACAUGGUGGCGUUCGACUCUCUCAACCAGGCACGCCAGCUCGAACGCAAGGUGUUUGACGUGGCCGCAUGGGAGUCGCUGUUGCCGCACCUGGCCGAGCUCAAAUCGCGCGUGCAAAGCGACAAGGCCCUCAAGGCGCUCGCCGUCCAAAUGCACGUCAUCUGCCUGGAGCAGAUCGUUAAUGCCAUCCACACCAUGGAGCUGAUGAGCUCGAGCGUCGCCGUGUCCAAGCUGGCUAAGUACGGCCGGAUCCGGUACAACAUGUGGGUCGAGUCCGCGGGCCUGUUGGAGAGGGUCGAGGAUGCGAGGAUGAAGAUUGUUGUUGGGCCAUGGACGACCGUUGAGGAGGUGGUAACAGCGGCUUUGGGGAUCAUAAAGCGCUGGGCGGACCGAGAGGGCGUCAAGUGGUCGCCCGAGAUUCGUCUGAAGCUUAAGGACUACCAGGAGAGGGACCGGAAUGGAGAGCGAGAGCGGGAUAGGGACCGUGACCGUGACCGUGACCGGGAUAGGGACCGCGACAGGGAUAAGGGCCGUGACAGGGAUAAGGAUCCGGAUAGGGACCGGGAUAGGGACCGGAAUAGGGGCCGGCCUCUCAACGGACGGGCUUGA